AUGUCAUUUUAUUUCGAGAAAGAGAGUAUUUUACCAAGUGGCGAUCCUAGAUCGCCAUACCACAUUAAUGUCCCUAAUAGAGACUCGAAGCCAAUAGAUGAUUUGAUCGCAUAUUUCAAGUAUUGGAAACAUUUCAUUAAGUCGCUCAUUUUCUACUUGAAAGAGAUCAGUGUGAGUAAGGAGUUCUCUGCUAAUAUCAACUUUCAGUUGAUAAGUUCGGUCCAGUUCCCGGGAUUCAAAGACUUGCCCUUGAAGUACCAAUCGCUCCUUGAAGGCAAUAGUAAUUCCCAACCAGGGACUCCGAGUAAGGAGUUGAAGAAAACAACGUCAGGAUCGAAUUUGGCAAACAGUGGGAAUACAUCGAGUAAUGGUAUCGAUGCGCAGAUGCAUCAGAGUGGAGGGAAUACUGCGGGAGGAGAAAAUGGCGAUAAUGUAAGUGUGAUAUCGAAUGACAAAAGACCAGGCUUAUUCAAAACCAAGUCCAACAACUCGACGUUCAUGAAGCGUAACGCCGCUCCUUCUCCUAGUGGGAACCAAAACUCGUUCAACAAUAGCUCACACAAACGGAACACCAGUAGUACAGCAUUUUUCAAGAAUAUCCCUAAUCAUAUUAAUAGCUCCUUGUCAUUGCCGUUGCCAUUGUCGAUGGGUAACCAUAACCAUUCGGGACAGACACCACCAGUUCUAGGUUCACAUAAUACCAAUGAUGUGAGAAUCCCACCAGAAUUUUUCCCCAGUGAUUCGGUGUUCACGAAUUUGGCUCCGCUUUUCAUCAACCACCACCUUCAUUCAUUCCAGGCUCAGAUGAAAACCUGCAAAGAAUUGAAAACGAAAUUAAUACCAAGAUUGGAGACUUUGUUGAAAAACUUAUCGCUCAAAAUUAAAGAAAUUAGAUCAAGUUUGAAAAACGAGUCGUUUGCGAACGAUGAAGUGGCUAAGGAAAUCAGUCAGACUGGUAAAAUUUUAACUACUUAUACCAGCUCUGUAGAGAGAUAUUCAGGCCCAAAACCGGUCCUUAAGAAGGCAAUUGAUGAUUAUGAGGGAGAAGAAGAUAAGGCGGUUUUGGACGAUCCUUUCUUGCUUAAGUUAAAGGUAGACCAUCAAUUGAAGGAUCAAUUAAUUCAAGAAAACUUUCUUUUUGCAUCGUACUUGAAUUUGCAAAAUAUCUCGAAGGAUUUGUUAACAUAUGUUUUGAAAGAGUUAAAUUUUAUCACUGAAAGAUUUGGUAAGUUAAUUAACCAAGAGUCUUGCGAGUCGGAUGAAGUGGUUAUGGUCAGUCUUUUCGAUACGUUAAAGAAUAAGCUACAAAGAUCUUCUAGUGCCUAUUGGGAGUAUUUUAUUUCUCACAACAAGAAUUUCCUUAAUAUCUACGUGGAUACACCCGUUUCAAAGAAAAGAGAGAUUCGUAACUUGAGCAAAUUGACUUUGCCAUAUGCCAGCUCUAUUCAUAAUAAAUGUAUCAGGUCAGGAAUAAUUUACAAGAAGCUGAAAAUCCUAAAAAACUAUAGUGGGCAUUUUUACGUCUUGACUUGUAAUUACUUGCAUGAAUUCAAGAUCGAAAAUGACCACCAGCAUAAUAAUGAAGAAAAGCAAACGUCAACACCACCACAAUCAAACCACAAGAAAAAGGACAAGAAAGGUGGUUUGAUUGAUUAUAGUGAUAUCCCCUUAAAAUCCUACAAUUUGAAUGACUAUAUCUUACAUAGUAAGGAUGCCAAAAAUUUUAAGUUUGUCUUGCAAAGAGUUUCAAAUUCAAGCAAAAAAUUCACAUUUAAAUGCAAAAGCAUAACCGAUUACAACAAUUGGUAUGGUGAUUUACACGAGUUGUUACAAUUUGGCGAUGACCAUUUAAGAAGAUUCAAGUUGGUUCAGGACAAAAUGGCCGUCAAAGACGAAGCGGCGAAGAAGAUCCAAGAACAAAAAUUGCGUGAAAAGGAAGCAAUCGCGGCAGGUCAUGCAGCAGCAAAUAAAACGCAUGAAACGUCAAACCAAGCAACCACUCACGAACAACAGGCCACGGCCGCUGCUCUUGCAGCUGCGGGAGUUCAACAAAAAGCCCCUAAUCAAGCUGUUAAGGAUGACUCUAAUAGACCGGGCCCAUUGAAUUUACAAAACAUAUCUCUGGCUAACGUCUUCCCUGCUAACACUUUUGUGAGCACGCCGGUCAAUAGUGGUUCUGGUUCCCAAUCGCCAAUUGUUAGAUCGCCAUUGUCGAAUGAAGUGUUAGUCGAAAGAAAUCCAUUCGAAAGAACCUUCUCCAACCAUUCGGCUUCAAACUUGUCUUCACCAAACUACUCACCAAAUCAAAUAUUAAUCAGCAAUGCUACCUUAUCUCCUCCUAUCUUGGCCACCUCAAACUCAAACCCUCAUCUUGUGAACCAUCAGCAGCAGCACGAGUCUUACUUACAGGCCCAACAGGAAUACUUAAGGCAACAACAAGAGAUAUUAAAUUUAAAGAUUAAGCAGGCAGAAUUGGAGCAACAAAGCCACCAUAGACAAAGGUCUCUUAGCCCUCAACAGGAGUAUUUUGUUUUGAGUCCUACAAACCUGGCAAGCGUUUCUCGUGUCUCAUCCAACGAUUCUCUCGUGUCGAUGACUCAACAAAGUCAACUUCAGCAAAUGUUGGAUACAAAUAGAGAUAUCUUGAACCGUUCCCAGAAUUAUCAGUUCCACACAAGUGACAGCUCAACUGACUUGAAGAAUAACGACCUGCCACUGGAAUCGAAUAUUGCACCUUCCUCAGGCCAGAAUUUGAAUUCUGAUGUCCCAAAGGUGUUUGUUAGUUCCAAUCACUAA